AUGGUCUGCGCGCCGCUGGGCGUCUAUUUCGGAACUGUGAAUAGGGUGUUUGAAGGUGCGUUCAAUUCAAUUCAAUCCAUAUCCAAUACCUUUCAUUUCACAAUCCAACCGCACCCCAACGCUAACACACAACGGUUAGGAAACUCCACGUACGCUGGCGCUUACGCUGCCGUCACUGCAAAUCUUGUGGUGCUUGGGUAUAUUCUUAUGGCGAUAUGGGAGGAUAGUGGUGCGGAGAAGAGCCGGAAGGGGGAUGUGGUGAAGGGGAAGGAGGAGUAA